GCGAGCACAACCGGAAGCUAAUAAUUUUGAUAGAGUACAGGACUGACUGCGAUAAUUCAUUCAGAUUUAAGAAGGAUUAAACAUCAAAUCUUAGACCCGGGCACUUGACAAGGACAACAAAAUUGUCGUGGUUUGGCUGUAAAAUCGCUGUUUGGAGGAAAAGGGCGUGCUCGUGGUUCAAUCCCAACAGUAAACCCACCCCGAUCCCCCUCCCUUACCCUCCUCCUCCUCCCAUUGCUGGAUGCUAGCUCGGUGGUAGCCGUUGCAUGUCGUAUAGCACUCCCCGUAAAAAGUUGUGCUUCGUCCAUUUUACCCCAAAAUAAUCGACUCGGAGGAGAUCAGACUGCGGCAAAAGAAAAAAAGAUGGGAUGUACUCUGAGCACGGACGACAAGGCGGCGCAGGAGCGCAGCAAGAUGAUCGACAGGAACCUCCGGGACGACGGAGAGAAAGCUGCCCGGGAGGUGAAGCUGUUGCUGCUCGGGGCUGGGGAGUCUGGGAAGAGUACCAUUGUGAAACAGAUGAAGAUCAUCCAUGAAGCGGGCUACUCAGAGGAGGAGUGUAAGCAGUACAAGGCAGUUGUCUACAGCAACACCAUCCAGUCCAUUAUUGCCAUCAUCAGAGCCAUGGGACGCCUCAAGAUCGACUUUGCCGACCCAGCCAGAGCGGAUGACGCGCGGCAGCUGUUCGUGUUGGCCGGCUCGGCCGAGGAGGGCUUCAUGACCGGCGAGCUGGCCGGGGUCAUCCAGCGGCUGUGGAAGGACGGAGGAGUGCAGGCGUGCUUCAGCCGCUCCCGAGAGUACCAACUCAACGACUCUGCGGCCUACUAUCUGAAUGACCUGGACAGGAUAUCACACGGUGCUUACGUGCCCACCCAGCAGGACGUGCUGAGGACCAGAGUAAAGACCACCGGCAUUGUGGAGACACAUUUCACCUUCAAGGAUCUACAUUUCAAAAUGUUUGACGUUGGUGGCCAGAGGUCUGAGAGAAAGAAGUGGAUCCACUGCUUCGAGGGCGUCACAGCCAUCAUCUUCUGCGUGGCUCUCAGCGACUACGACCUCGUAUUGGCUGAAGACGAGGAAAUGAACCGAAUGCAUGAGAGCAUGAAGCUGUUCGACUCCAUCUGCAACAACAAGUGGUUCACGGACACCUCCAUUAUUCUCUUCCUCAACAAGAAGGAUCUCUUUGAGGAGAAGAUCAAAAAGAGCCCCCUCACAAUCUGCUACCCAGAAUAUGCAGGCUCCAACACAUACGAGGAAGCGGCGGCCUACAUUCAGUGUCAGUUUGAAGACCUGAACAAGAGGAAGGACACCAAGGAGAUCUACACCCAUUUCACCUGCGCCACCGACACCAAGAAUGUGCAGUUUGUGUUCGACGCCGUCACCGACGUCAUCAUCAAAAACAACCUGAAGGACUGUGGCCUUUUCUGAAGGCAGCUCGGCGGUCCUCCUGCCGGGUGACUAAACUCAACGAGCGUCUGGCCUUCAGACCCCCGCUGACAAAUGUCGCAUUUUUGACGUCUUAUUAACUUAUGUUCAUCUCUCAAAGAUUUAACGGCGGCGUGUAAACGAGAAACAUUUUGUGUAAAAUAUUUGUACAACUGUCUAUGGCUGGGGUUUUUCAACCUUUUUAAAAAUGUGCUCCUUUGAUCCAUUGUUUUUUUGUUGUUGUUUUUUUUAAAUUUUAUUUUAUAUAUAUAUAUAUAUAUAUAUAUGAAAAGGAGGAUCCUAGCUUUUUUUUUGUUUCCUUUCAGCAUGCCUUCGUUUCCUUCAGUUGACUUAGAUGUUAGCUUCACGUACUAGAUGUUGUUACCAUCUAACCUGCAUUCCAUUUUGUUUUAGAUUUUUUUUUUUUCCCUUUUUUCCUGCUUGGACAAACCAAGUUCGACCAACUCACUCCACAGGCCAAAUUCCCAUCUGAAUACUGUGAGAGCAAUUUUAACCUUUUCCAGCCGGUUCGCAUGUGCGCUCGAGACCAAAAGCCUGUGAAUGUGUGAGAGCCUGCGCGCGCGCAUGUGUUAAUGAGCGAGAAAGAGUAUGCACAAUCUCAAAACAAAGGGACUUUAUUCCUCUACGUGUCAUCCUCCUCUUUCAAAGUUGUAUUUUUCUAAGAAGCUAACGACAAGCAACAUUCCCGAUUGGAGGAAGAAGCUUUGAAAGGAAGGAUGUCUUUGUAGCACACAACGAACAGAGGCACACGUAGACUGUGUGCGGGGUUCACAACCGACAUAUCUGUGAUGGUUUCACGUUACAUAUCCCCCCCACCCCCGACACACACACCCAGCCUUCGAUUUUCCAUCGGAAGGGGGGGAACACAUCUGUGGACUAAUCUCCAUGAGUUUUUGCUAAUAAAAGAGCUACUAUGGUGAAACCGUGGCAGCUUAUGCAACAAUUGCUUCACUUUGAUUUUUGUGGUCAGAGAAACAUUCACUGAGCUGCUUAGUCAUAAUUACAAGGGAUAAUUGGAGAAAAUAGGGCAAGGGAGCGUGUCAGGUGACUUGUGGUGCAUUCGAGACUGCUGGGAUUUAAAAACGUUCAUACAUGGGGUAUGAAAGAGUCUUGAAGACUUUUGAAGGCGUGUUAAUAUUUAUGGUAAUUAGUAUUUGUAGGAUUCAGAUUCAGAGAUUUUAUUUGUCAUUGACACCAGCUCUCACAAGAUGACAACAGAUGCAACGAAAUUCCGUUCGAUGAGUGAGUAUCGGGCCGCUGAUGACUUU